ACGUUGAUCACAUCAUCGGCGGUUUCUGCGAACACGAGAAAAGAGGAAAAAAACAACAAAGUUAAAAUCGAUACGUGUGAACCGCUUGGCGCUUUGUAAAUAGCAGAAAUGUUCAUCAGUGUACUCGUUACGUUUGCCAGCACAACAGUAAAAAUUUAUCUGGAAUUCAGCGAAAACGAAUUUUUUGAGAAAAUGAAAGGAAUCGUUGCAAUUUUGUUAGUGAUAAGCGCAUCGUUGUCAUCAGCUGAUGUCUCCCACUUGACAAAUGCCCAAUACAACGAUGAUUCAAUAACCACAUCGACACCACCACCACCUCCACAUCCAUACGAAUUCAGUUAUAAAGCCGGUCGAUUCCCAGGUCAUGUGGAUCGUACACAUGCUGAAGUGUCCGAUGGAAGCGGCGUCGUUCGUGGCGCAUUCUCUUAUGUUGAUCCGCGAAAUGAGAUUCGUUCCGUGGAAUAUACGGCCGAUAAAUAUGGCUUCCAUCCAGUCUUGAGUCACCAAGAUGAUGCACCACACCAAUCUGAAGCCGUUAAACAAGCAACAAUCAGACAUUUUGAGCAGUACAAUCGAAUUGCUGAACAAAAUGCCAACGGCAACAUUGUCGUGCCAUCAGACAGCGCGGCCGUCGCAAGAGCAAAGGAUAGACAUUUUACACUUUUCGAACAAAUUGCACAGGAACAUCAACGUCUUGGCGCUGAAUUAGAAGCUAAACGUGCCUUAUUUGAAUCAACAUCCGAGCAACCAAUUGAACAACCAGGAUUUGAUAUAAGACACCAAUAAGUGCAUGCGUUUUUCCAUAUAAGUUACUAUGAUAAGAUUGUACAUUUCAAAGCAACUUUUAUCUAAAUAAAAAUGUCGACAAUUUA